UGGCUAGCUCCUGAAUUGUCUGCUGUCAAGAAGUGCGCUUCAUCAUGGGAAGAGCCGCAUCAAAGAUGGUAGGCAGUGGAGGGAAUAAGUAUCUGAAGAAAUUGUGGACUCCAAACCCCUAACAAUGAUCGACACGGCCACUCUUGACGGCUGUGCUAUGCAUGUCUGUUCUCAGGCUUGAGUUCAUCUUCCAUGUAUCCAGUCUGCCCUGUGGCGCCUCUUGGAUCACAUACGACGAAGCAUAUUUGUUUAUAUAUUUCACCGACUCAAGCUGCCCAUUCUGUUACCUCCUCACACCUAUUCUGGACAGCCAAUUAACCGCUCUACAAGUGCCUUGGGGUCGCUUCAGUUUCUCUCAUACACGCAGCAGAAGGAGAAGGCGUGUACAUCGCACGUGAAUGCGUAUUUCAUUUUUAACACCACCCAGGACGCUAAGAGCAUCUGAGGGCCAUGGCAAACUUAGAUCUGGCAUUCUUGAGCUUUGAAACUGAGACGGACUCAGGCUUGCACAGUUGGUGCGCGGCGAUGGCUGAGCCUAUUUCGCGGCCCCCGUCUGUGAGGGCUCAAUUUCUCUACGGUAUUGGUGCUGGGACAAACCUUCAUCCAGAUUCUCAUUGCAUGCACCAACUCUACCUCGAUUCAUCAGAGUUUGAGAGCUAUCGACCAUACGACAAUGCGUUUCUUCCCAAUCAGAAGGCUCAAGACUUUUCCUUUUCAUCCUUCCAGAUGAAGUUUUCCCAUGAAAGCUUCGAAUACUCCUCCCCUUUGUCGGACUACUCCUCACAAAGCGGUGACACGUUCAGUGCCUCUUGUUACACUCUUGAACUUAAUCAAUCAAUGCAGCAGCACCCUCCCAACACAACGGGACUGAUAACGCAAGGUUCAUAUUAUCCAACCUCGAAAUCCAUGGCUCAGUCGCCACAGCUGGUACCGAACCUUGGCGGCGGCAUCUCUUUGGGUGAGGUGCAAAACUUCCGAGAUCAACUAUUGGAUCGUAGUCACGAUGAUCAGAAUCCCCCUUGCAGUGAACCAGAUGCCGAGGGCGAGUCCGAUGACGAUUAUGUCGCUAUGCUUUCUUCGGAACCGACAACCAAGUGGACCUCAUGCGUGGACAAGUCCCUUGGCGAAAGCAUCGCCGACUCUUCGACACAAGACUCAAUUAGCGAGGACUACGACCCUGAGGAGGAGAAGGAUGGCGAGUACAAUCCGAGGCCUUCUACGGCUCGGCGAAGUCGGCGAGCUCGUGCAACUAUCCGAAAGCAAUCUCACUGUCGAAGAACGUCGAACGCGACACGCGGUCGCAUUGCCAAGUCUAAGACGAGAAAACCUAGUAACGCCUCUCAAUCACGACCCUUCCCAUGCCCAAUCUCACAAUAUGGCUGCACGUCUACUUUUACGUCAAAGAAUGAAUGGAAACGUCAUGUCAGCACCCAACAUAUCAAACUCGGCUUUUGGCGGUGUGACAUGUGCCCACCAGCAAAUCCUGAAAACCCUGUCUACAAUGAUUUUAACCGCAAAGACCUCUUCACGCAACAUUUGCGUCGAAUGCACAAACAUCACCCGUUAACAAUCGGUACUAGUGUUGAUGGGGAAGGGAAUCCGGAGAUCUCAGACGAAGCCAUGAAAGAACACCAAGACAGGUGUUACCGUAGACUGAGACAAAAUCCUGCCAAAUCUACAUGUUUGUUCUGUGGCAAGCUUUUUGAAGGUGAGGGGAGCUGGGAGGAACGCAUGGAGCAUGUUGGGGGGCACAUGGAAAAGGAGCGUAAGGCAAAUAAACCUCCCGUGCCAGUUGAUGAGUGGCACGAAGAUCUUGACUUGCGCGACUAUCUUGAAUGCGAGGGCUUAAUUGAAUUCGACGAUGGCAAGUGGAGCAUCAGUGACGGAGUGCCCCGAAGAGACCAACAUCUGGCUUAUCAUGCAUGCUGAUCGCUGCUUUUCUGUUGCAGAUUUAGUUGGGUUGGAAUGCAGGUGUUCACGCGAUCUGACUUUUGGGCUUUUCUUAUAACCGAUGAUGAACACGAUACAAAUGAUACCCGCUUGUUAACUAUGGUUCCAUGAUUUACGACGUUCAGGCGGAGAAUCUACCUUG